UGAGCAACAAACAGUCAAAACUCCAUAUUAUAUAUAUACCCGAAACGGAUCACCCCAAAACGCAGCGAUUAAAAUUAAAGGUAGUUGAUUUCCCACCUAGAAUACCCAAUUAUCUUCUUCAAUGGCAAAAUUUCCUUACAUAUUCACUCUCUUCUUCCUUUUGACCAUCUCGUUCUCAAUCCCAUCAUCGGCUUCUUCUCUAAAUGCCAAUCUCACAGCUUACGAAGUUCUGGAAUCAUACGAUUUCCCGGUGGGUCUUCUUCCAAAAGGCGUAUUGGGCUAUGACUUGGACAGCUCCACAGGCAAAUUCUCUGUGUAUUUAAACGGAACGUGCACAUUUAGCCUAGAAUCCUACGAACUCAAGUACAAGUCAACCAUUACUGGGGUUAUAUCCAAAGACAAGCUCUCCAGCUUAUCCGGAAUCAAAGUAAAGGUUUUAAUACUCUGGUUGAACAUUGUCAAAGUCACUCGUGACGGUGAUGAGCUCGAUUUCUCUGUCGGAAUCGCCUCCGCCGACUUUCCGGUCAGUAAUUUUGCUGAAAGUCCCACUUGUGGAUGUGGAUUUGAUUGUGUUAAUGGGAUUGAUGUUGCAAAGAAUGGAAAAUCUAAUCGUUUUGUGUCUUCCGCUUAGUAAGUAGUAAGUUUAGAUGGACGGAUAAAUAAAUUCCUGUAAUAUUUAUGUUAUAGUCUCGAUUGCCAAACUAGCAGAUAAUCUAUUUCAGUCUAGUUGGAAAUAAAUAAAUAUGUUUACUUAAUGGUACUUGGCUGUUAUCUCCUCCGUUCCAAUUGAAGAACUUUUUACCAUUUUAGCUUA